CAUGAUAUCUUGAGCAAGGAAGUAGACUGCCAUCAUGUAUGACCGGCUUUCGUCCGCGGUUGAGUGCCCAGGACAGUGUCUUGGAUUUACUAAGCCAUAUCGAGCACCAUCAUGCAGACGGCCUUUCCACACUCGCCAUCUUUAUGUACGUUGCCAAGGCAUAAGACUGUGCUUCAUAAAGGCAUCAUCAACGGACUCCGAACCAUGGGCGUCUCGGGAAAUGCUCUUCGAUUCGUCCAUGAAUUUCUCAGAGAUCGAUGUGUCCAAGUUAAGCUCGGAAGUAUAAUGAGUGAUAAGCGACGAACUUCCCUCGGCGUCCCACAAGGAAGUGUCCUAUCUCACUUGCUUUUUAACGUUGUCAUGGCCAGCCUUCCAGAUGCACUGAAAGUAGGUCGGAUGGCAGUUAAAAUGUCCAUCUACGCAGAUGGCAUCUGCAUUUGGAUCUCGGGGUAUCAACACAAACGGUUGGCCCGGAUAGCCCAGGGCGCAAUCUCCACCAUCAAACGCCACUUAUCGACGCUUGGCCUAUCUUUAUCAGCCGAAAAAUCUGCCUUCAUGCUUUUCCCGGGAGUGAGACGCAAGUCAACACGCCUGACGCUGAAUAUCAGAGGGCAUUCAAUUCUUCGUGCAACUCAUAUUCGAUUCCUGGGCGUCACCAUCGACAGCAAGCUACUAUGGCGUCGUGCGGUCGAAAGUGUUGUGGCUGCAUCAGUGCAAAGAGUCAACGCACUUCGUCGAUUGGCAGGUGUACGUUGGGGAAACAAUCCUAUGCCCAUGCUUAAACUGAACGCUGCACUAAUAACAAGUCGCAUUCUCUAUCAGCUCCCUCUGAUAUCACCGUCAUCGAGUCAAUUCGAGCACUUGGAGGCAUUGCACAGAAAGGGACUUCACUUGGCGAUGGGAGUUCCACAGGCGGCUUCAAACAAGAAAGUCACUAAUGAGGCAGAGUCUCUUCCACUCCGCCUCUUGGCAUCUCAGGCGUUGCUGACGCAGCUAUUAAGGCUGGGCGAGUCCCGCGCAGGCACGGCGCUUCUCCGGCGGCUAAGAGCAAGAACUCGCUCACAUUUCCAUGCGGCGCUGAACACUUUCCGAUUUUUAGGAUUGGAAUGGCCUAAACGAAGUCGCCUUGAGCCGCUAUGGUCUUUUUCGGACGUUACCUGCAGCCUCAGUGUACUCCACCUACCGGCGAAACGCACCAUUUCAACUGCAGAAGCAAAGUUUAUUGUGCUGGACCACUUGAGCACAGCGUUUCAAAGCCACCUACAAGUGUACACAGACGGUUCGGUGUGCGCACAAACAGCUGUGCAGCGGCAUUCUGCAUACCAUCCCUUGAUGUGUCAUGGUCUAGCCGACUGGAUCGCGUAGUUUCCUCUACAACAGUAGAAAGCGCCGCAAUCACCGCGUCUUUGCGGAAACUACGGGCCUUUUCUGCACGAGAUGUCGUGGUGCUGACGGAUUUCAAAUCAGCGUUACAGAGAUUACAUCGUGGCCUACCUCUAGAGAAAUUUACAAGGCAGUCUCUGGCACUGACUAACGAUCUAACGACCAAAGAUUUAACAUAAGGUUCCAGUGGAUACCAUCACACGUAGGAAUUGAUGGAAACGAGAAAGCUGACGCCCUUGGACGCCUAGCGCUGACAUGUGUCCCAAAAGUGAAAGCUCCAAAAGAUUUUCAGAACCCUAAGGGUGCAAUCCGCCUUCACUUUAGGGAGAUCCACAAGAAUCCCCACGAAGCCUGUGUGACUCAUGGAUUUACCCGCGAAGAAGCGACGCUUUUAUAUCGCAUCAGGACCGACUCCGCGUACACCCCAGCUUGGUUAUUCAAGACUGGGUUUCGCGCUUCCCCACUCUGUGCUUUCUGUGGUGACAUUGGUGACAUUGAACAUUUCAUUUGGCUAUGCCCGCAGUUUGACACAGAAAGAAAAGCGAUGGUCGACAGCCUACAAAAGAGCGGUCUUACGCACAGGACCUUUGAAGGCAUCGUUUUCCCCGGAGGGCCCGCGGCAAUCAGGAAGAGAGCGCAACGACUGCUGAUAGCCUUCCUGCGAGACACGGGGCUCAUCGACACCUGGUGACACACCCCUGAUCUCAACUCGAAGGAGCAUCAGGCGGAACAAUUGCCGGCUAUGUAUGCCAGGCUAACCCUGCCUGCUUCAACAUCACCACCACCACCACCAACAUUGAAUGACAGAACGAUGCGUAGCCAACUGUAACAACAAUUUAAUUACUCGAGUGAACCAUAUAGACUAUCGCUCUCCUUAACUUGGGGGGAACCACAUUUAAAACAAGGCAUGUAAUCCACUUACAAAGAAAAAAAAAGCAAAACAGCUUAACAUGGCAGCCGACCUACACACUUUUGCAAAUUGUUUUUACUCCAUAUGUGGCAUUGUGAGAAGUCCGUAGAUAAUCCCGUAUUUCAAAAUUGGAUGGAGCUGGAGUCUUCCUAAAUCACUGACGACAAAAGUCAGCAAGUGAACACGCCCAAACGACACGUACAGAAAAUUUGACUGCCUAACCAACGUGCAAGUCAACGAUCGCGCCCAUUGAUCAUACCACUUUUAGGGUGCCUGAAUGGUAUCCUCCUCGCCUGGAGAGGGAGAACACGCAGGCACGCUAGCGACAAUGGACACGCCGCAUUCCAGUGGGGUCAGUGUCCACAAAACCUGGCAAACGCGUGUCGGAGUGACGAGAGGCGACGAUUGUUCUCGCCUCCCCAACUUAUUUGCAAUCCCCAUGCUUCGCGUCGCCU